GGGGAGGGGGUAUGGACUUCAUGGGGAACCCUGGGUGGGCCAAUUCCCCACCUUGUACUAGAACAUCUAAAACUGAUCCAGAUUUACCAAGCAAUACAGCUAAAUGUUGGCUCCAAUCUCUCAAGAUUUCUGAGGCAAGUAUCUCUGGGGACCAUGAGAUCACAGUUGAAUGGAUUGCAGCAGUCACUUUCGCUGCAGGAGCGGCAGCCAUUGGGUAUCUUGCAUACAAAAAAUUUAUCAGCAAGGACAAAUGCUGUAAAGGGAUGGUGAACCUCCAUAUUCAGAAAGAUAAUCCAAAAGUAGUCCAUGCAUUUGAUAUGGAAGAUUUGGGGGAAAAAGCCGUGUACUGCCGGUGUUGGAGGUCUAAGAAGUUCCCACUAUGUGAUGGAUCUCACACAAAACAUAAUGAUGAAACGGGAGACAAUGUAGGACCUCUGAUCAUCAAGAGAAGAGAUGCAUAAAAACUAGAUGGUUUGGACACCAGGAGAAUGACCAUGUCACAGUGCUUUCUGCUCACAUGCAAUUGGUGUAAAAGAAGGGUUUUGAGUCAUUUCUCUGAAGAUUUUUAGAUGUGGCAUACAGUAUGCUGUAGCACAUGUAAUUCAUGUUUGCCUUGCCUAAAACACUACAGUGUGUAUAUUAGGAAUGAGUACUUGUGACUUGCUGAUAUUUCUGUCUUGUAAAGUGUACGUUCUCAUUAAGUGUUAAAAAGAGAAAACCCUUUAGGAUGACUGCUGACCUAUGUACUAGAAAUGAUACAUUAAAUUAUUUUCAGAUAACACUGCUUAUCAUAAAUGAUCCUGACAAUGAAAACCACUGUUCUGCACUGUGAGAAUAAAAUUAUUAUUUUAGUUGAUUUUGAACAUAAAAUAAGUUUUCUACCCAGUUCAAACAUGUGUGAGAAUAGGGUUGCAACAUGUAGUUCAAUUUUGAAAUAAAUGAAUAGAUAAACGC